UGAUGGGCCGAACGUUAACUCUAAGGCGGUAAGACCCGGGUCGUUAGACAUUUAUAUUUCGUCUCUAGCUUACGCACAAAAUGUAUUUAAUGCUAUUCUUACUCUUAAACCCUAAACCCUUUGCCCUGGCAGGAAGAACACAAGUCACCUACUACAAUCCAUCGAGUCUUGUCCACUUUUUAUGCUCUUUUGAUUCCCACAACAAUCGAGAAGUUGCAUAUUUACCCGAUAGGAGAAGUUUGAGUUCAGUUUGUAAGCAGGUAGAAGCAUAAAUGGCGAUUGAUGGGAGUUUUAGUGUUGAAUAUGAGUUGCAAAGGUUUCUUCUUCGGUGUCCCAAGCUUGCGGCUGCUCCCCAAUUAGAUAACUUAGUCAAGAAGGGGAAAAUUUUAACAGAGGAAGAGUUGGUUGAUGGAGUAGCUGAGUUACUUUUACAUCCUCGAUAUACAAUUCCAUUAGUGGGAUGCUUUCGUCCAAUUGCACGUAAGAUAGUUGAUCGGGUUGUGGCUUUACUACAUUUGGUGCCUGAUUUGACAUCAAAUUCCCAUGAUUCAAUGAUUGAGUUCGAUGAUGGAAGAUUAUUUAAGGAUGCUGAAAGUUCAGAUUAUGAACGAGAUAUUUCUGUUAUUAAUUUGUAUGUCAAAUAUGGGAGAGGUCUGGGACUUCACGAGCUUUCCUGUUUGGCAUUUUCACGAACACUUGAUAUGCUACCUUAUCUUUCUGGGUCUGUAAGGGAUUACUUUAAGUUUGCACCUCCCCCAUUCAAAAGGAUAAUGGAAAAGGAAUCAAUGGCCCAGUCAUUAGUGCAGCCAGGAACACAUCUAUUAGAUGCUGUGCGAGUAUCAUAUCGUCUCCUUUUAGCAGAGCCUGAGGUUUUUGCUAAGCUAUGGGAUUGGUCAUGUUAUAUGGACCUUGUACAUGAAAUCACUGGUUUUAAUGGAGAAAAUACAGAGCUUUUGAUGGACAUAAGAUGGUGUGCAGUGCAAACAUUAACAAUGGUUUUGAAGAUGAGUGACAAGUUUAUUAGAAAAAGUAAGACGAGUGACAUGGCAACUUCAGAGUUUGGGUUCGAUGAUGAAAAAGCAUAUGGGUGUUUAUUAAGGUGGAAGGAAUUUCUUCAGGACGUAUCUUUAGAGAAGGCUAAUUGGUAUCUUGAACCAUUUAGGGAAAACACAAGUGUAGGGCAACCAAAUUGGAGCAAUAUGGAGGCAAAAUGGGAUACGCUUAAAACUGGAAGUCCUUUUGUUUUAACAUCUGCUGUGAAGAAAAGUUUUGAGAUGGUAUUGUUGGCAGUGAGUCAGAGGUGGCCUGUUCUUCUUUAUGGUCCAGCUGGCGCAGGCAAAACUGCUCUCAUUAGCAGGUUAGCCCAGGGUCAUGGGAGUCAAGUUCUUUCUAUUCACAUGGAUGAGCAAAUUGAUGGAAAAACACUAAUCGGGAGUUAUGUAUGUGCUGAACAACCUGGUGAAUUUAGGUGGCAGCCUGGUUCCCUUACUCAGGCUAUCAUAAAUGGACUUUGGGUUGUUUUUGAGGACAUUGAUAAAGCUCCUGCAGAUGUACAAUCCAUCUUGUUACCUUUGCUAGAGGGUGCUACUUCAUUCUUAACAGGCCAUGGGGAGGCAAUAAGGGUUAGUGAAAGCUUUAGGCUUUUUUCUACAGUAUCGAGCUCAAGAUUAGAUGCCUCAUCUAUGACAACAGGUAGGAACUCCCUUGGUGCACUAUGGAGGAGAGUAAUGAUUGGUUCAUCAAGUAGUAGUGACUUAGAAAGUAUUUUGAAAGCCUGGUACCCAGAUUUGGAAUCUCUUUGUGGAAAACUUAUAGAAACCUUUGAAAAGGUUAAUCAUCUCACAGGCUUUCAACUAGGAACUUCUGUUACUCUCUCAUCUGCUGGCAGGUUUUCACUGAGGGAUCUUUUGAAGUGGUGCAAGAGAAUUGCAGGGUUGGGUUUUCAUUUUAUGGGUGAAAGGCUGUCAGGUCAUGUGGCCAAGUGCAUCUAUCAAGAGGCUGUUGAUGUUUUUGCAACUUCUUCAAGCUCAGUGGAAACACGAAUGAGAAUUAUGAGAGAGUUGGCAGAGAUUUGGGGAAUACCAAUUUCAGAUGCUGAGACUUUGUUUCCUGUUGAUAAGCCUGUUGUUCAGGACUUGAGGUCUGAUAUACGUAUUGGCCGAGUAACUCUUCAACGCACACGUAUACCUACAUCUUCUGUGAACAAAUCAUUCGUUGAGAUUCGUACUUCAUUGCAUAUCCUUGAAAGAAUAGCUGGAUCUGUUAAGUAUAAUGAGCCUGUUCUUUUGGUUGGUGAAACUGGUACUGGAAAGACAACUUUAGUACAGAAUCUAGCUGCAAGACUUGGUCAAAAACUUACAGUUUUGAAUUUGAGUCAGCAAAGUGAUGUUGCAGAUCUGUUGGGAGGUUUUAAACCUAUGAAUGCACAAUUUUUAUGCCUUCCGCUUUAUCAGGAGUUUGAAAGUCUUUUUAGAAGUACCUUCUCUUCAAAGGACAAUGAGAAUUUUCUUGCCAUACUAAGAAAAUCAGUCAGUGACAAGAAUUGGAACGUGUUAUUUAGUGGUUUACAAAAGGGUGUUCGUACAGUGGUCAAAAUUGGAAAGCAGAAGCCUGGUGUAAAAAGGAAAAGACCUUUAGGGGAAAACCUAAUAAAAUCAUGGGAAAAAUUCUCUUUAAAACUUGAAGCAGCUCAGGGUCAGAUGAAUGCUUCAGAUGGGAUGGUUUUUUCAUUUGUAGAGGGAGUUUUUAUCACAGCUUUGAAAAAUGGUGACUGGAUAUUACUAGAUGAGAUCAAUUUAGCCCCUCCAGAGACUCUUCAGAGAGUAAUUGGUGUUCUUGAAGAUGAAGGUGGGUCCCUUUGUUUAGCUGAAAGAGGAGAUGUUGAUUAUAUAUCUAGACACCCGAAUUUCCGUAUAUUUGCUUGUAUGAAUCCCGCAACUGAUGCUGGAAAAAGAGAUCUUCCAUUGUUUUUAAGAAACCGGUUUACAGAGUAUUUUAUGGAUGAUGUGUUGGAAGAUGAGGAUUUGAAACUGUUCAUCAAUCGGUUCAUGGAAGCAGACAAUUCAGUCAAAGAUAUCACUACCAAAAUCUUGAAAUUUUAUAAAAUAGCAAAAAAGGAAUCUGAAGAGAGGCUACAAGAUGGGGCGAAUCAAAAACCGCAAUACAGUUUAAGGUCUCUUUAUCGUGCAAUGGAAUAUACAAAGAAGGCAAGGCGAGCUUUUGGAUUUUUAAAAGCUAUUUAUGAUGGUUUUUCAAUGUUCUUUCUUACAAUGUUAGAUCCUCCAAGUGCCAACUUAAUGAAGAAGUUAAUUACAGGAUACCUUUUAGAUGGAAAAGACCCUACACAUGUGUCAUUCGAUAGGUACAUUGUGGUUGGGAAAAACACCAAAAAUGAAGAGUUUUUAGAGAAUUAUGUUUUGACAAAAAGUGUGAGAGAUCAACUUAGCAACUUGGCACGUGCUAUUUUUAUAGGAAGGUAUCCGGUUCUUUUACAGGGGCCCACAUCUAGUGGAAAAACUAGCCUUGUUCAGUAUCUUGCUGCAAUCACCGGGCAUGAAUUUGUUCGAAUUAACAACCAUGAACACACUGAUUUACAGGAGUAUUUGGGUUCUUAUAUAACUGAUGCAAGUGGGAAACUUGUUUUCCAAGAAGGGGUGUUGGUUAAAGCGGUUAGAAAUGGUCAUUGGAUAGUUCUUGAUGAACUUAAUCUCGCCCCUUCUGAUGUUCUAGAAGCAUUAAAUCGGUUGCUUGAUGAUAAUCGUGAACUUUAUGUUCCUGAAUUAUGUGAAACUAUUCAUGCACAUCCAGAUUUUAUGCUUUUUGCCACUCAGAAUCCACCGACUUUUUAUGGUGGACGAAAGAUGCUUUCUAGAGCUUUCCGGAAUCGGUUUGUUGAAAUCCAUGUUGAUGAAAUCCCGCAAGAUGAAUUGAGUACAAUUUUGGAAAACCGUUGCAAAAUUCCGGGUAGUUAUGCGAAGAAAAUGAUUGAAGUCAUGAUAGAUCUGCAAAAACAUAGACAAAGUAGUAAAGUUUUUGCGGGAAAACACGGGUAUAUUACCCCGCGUGAUUUGUUUCGGUGGGCUGAUCGGUUUAGGAUGUUUGGGAAAUCCUAUGAAGAUUUAGGGCGCGACGGUUAUUAUCUGUUGGCUGAAAGACUGCGUAAUGAUGUGGACAAGGAAGUUGUUCUAGAAGUUUUGAAGAAUAAGCUGAGGAUUAAGCUUUGUAGAAGUGUAAUGUACAAGGAGGAUGAAUCUCUCAACUUGCAAAAUUCGGUGGCUACUCCCCGUGAUCUUGGAAGGGUUGUGUGGACUGAUAGUAUGUGGAGGUUGUACUUUCUUGUUGAGCGGUGUUAUAGGUUACGUGAACCGGUGCUUCUGGUUGGAGAAACUGGUGGUGGGAAGACAACAGUAUGCCAGCUGUUAAGUAUUGCCUUGGGGUCCAAGUUACACAUAUUGAAUUGCCAUCAAUACACAGAAACUUCUGAUUUUCUUGGGGGAUUUUAUCCUGUUCGAGAAAGAUCAGAAAUAUCUUUGGACUACAAAAAUUUGUGUGAGGAAUUGCAGGCUUCAAAAGCUUUUAAGCACUUCCCUCAUGAUGCUACGAUUUCAUUGGACAUUAAUCAAGCUUCAACAACACUUGAGCAAGUGACUAAGAUGAUAAAAUAUUACAGGGAAGCUCAAGUCCAUCAUGCUGAUGUCACCCAAAAUGAAGUUGAUACUUUUGAAGAAAUUAGGAAUCGCUUAUCUUUACUUCAUCAGAAGUGGGGCACAAUCUUCACUUGGCAAGAUGGUCCUCUUGUUGAAGCAAUGAAGAAUGGUGACAUGUUUCUUGUGGAUGAAAUUUCAUUGGCAGAUGAUAGUGUUCUUGAAAGAUUGAACAGUGUCUUGGAGCCUGAAAGGAAACUGUCUUUGGCUGAGAAAGGUGGAUCUGAUCUUGAGAAGAUUAUAGCACACCCAAAGUUUUUCAUACUCGCAACAAUGAAUCCUGGGGGCGAUUAUGGUAAAAAGGAAUUAUCCCCUGCACUUCGGAACAGGUUUACUGAGAUAUGGGUCCCACCUGUGACUGAGAUGAAUGAGCUCAAAUGCAUAGCAUUAGAAAAGAUCUCAAAUCCUGAAAUCUCUUUCGUGGUGGAUGUUAUGAUAAGUUUCUGGGAGUGGUUCAAUCAGUUACAAACUGGAAGAACCCUUACAGUGAGAGAUCUCUUGUCUUGGAUAGAUUUUAUUAAUGUGACUGAUGGAAGUUUAAGUCCGGAAGUUUCCAUGUUGCAUGGUGCUUUUCUUAUUUUGCUUGAUGGAUUAAGCUUAGGUACAGGAAUUUCGAAGAAGGAGGCUGAAGACUUGAGGGAAAGAUGCUUGUCAUUUCUUAUGGAGCAAUUAAAGGAGAGCAAACUGAGAUUGAAUAAGGUAAGUGUUUUGACGGAUGAAAACUAUGGUUGGUCUGAUCUUCUGAAAUCUGGUGAGGCACUGUCUAGUAAUGGCAUGGAAAUCGACACUCAUUUUGGAAUUCAUCCAUUCUACAUUGAAAAAGGUGACAACCAUUUAGAGACUAAAGGAUUUGACUUUCUGGCACCAACCACCCGCAGAAAUUCCUUGCGUGUACUCCGUGCUAUGCAGCUUAAAAAGCCUGUUUUGUUGGAAGGAAGUCCAGGUGUUGGAAAGACAAGUUUAGUCCUUGCUCUUGGAAAAUUCUCUGGACAUUCUGUUGUUCGGAUUAACUUAUCAGAACAGACUGACAUGAUGGAUCUACUGGGAUCUGACUUACCUGUUGAAAGCGAUGAAGGAAUGCAGUUUGCUUGGUCUGAUGGCAUCCUGUUGCAGGCUUUGAAGAAUGGAUCUUGGGUUUUGCUGGAUGAACUCAAUCUCGCUCCUCAAUCUGUUCUAGAGGGUUUGAAUGCCAUUUUAGAUCAUCGAGCAGAAGUUUUUAUACCUGAGCUUGGUCAUACUUUCAAGUGCCCUUCAUCUUUCAGAGUUUUUGCAUGUCAAAACCCUACCAGUCAAGGGGGUGGGAGGAAAGGCCUUCCUAAAUCUUUUCUCAAUCGCUUUACAAAAGUAUAUGUUGAUGAAUUGGUAGAAGAAGAUCAUAAGUACAUCUGUGGGACUUUACACCCAUCUGUCCCAGAGGAUUUGCUUUCAAAUCUGAUUAAGUUCAACAAGCGUUUGCAUGAGGACACAAUGGUAAAUCAUAAAUUUGGACAAGAUGGAUCCCCAUGGGAGUUCAAUCUUCGAGAUAUUAUUCGUUCAUGUCAGAUCAUAGAAGAGGCUCCUGAAGGCUCAAAAUCCGAUUGCUUUCUCAACACUGUAUAUAUCCAAAGAAUGCGUUCAUCCACAGAUCGUCAACAAGUCAUUCAGAUAUAUGAACAGAUUUUUAAGGCAAAACCUGUCAUAAAUUUAUACCCGAGGGUUCAGGUUACUCCUGAGAAUUUGAUAGUUGGAAACACACAUGUCAAAAGGACUAAUAUGCAAUCAUCAACAGUAUCUUCUUGUGACCUAAAAAUCCUGCCAGGUGUCCGACAAAGCUUGGAAACCAUGGCACAAUGUUUGCACCAUCAAUGGUUGGUCUUGCUGAUUGGUCCAGCUGGAUCUGGUAAAACUUCUUUGAUAAGGUUAAUGUCACAUCUCACUGGAAACAUCCUACAUGAACUUAACCUUUCUUCUUCUACUGAUAUAUCUGAGUUACUCGGAUGCUUUGAACAAUACAAUGCUAUUCGCCAUUAUCGCCUUGUUAUUGAACAUGUUGAGCGUUACAUAAAGGCAUACAGUUGUCGCCAGUUUGAAAAGUCAACCCAAGAGUUUACAAAACAGAAGGAUUUGAUUGGGCGAUGGCUUGCAUUCUCAUCAAGUUUAGAUAACAGUUCUGUGAGUUUUGUUACCAAUGAAAAUUGGAGUAGGGGAGUCUUCCGUUCUCUUCCAUUGUUGGUUGAUAUCAUUGAGAAUCUACUACUGGAUUUGGAAAACGAUAGUGAACAUCUGAAUAGAUUGUUGAAGACUGUUAAGAAGUUGCAGGAUGAUCAAAGGAAGAUGCUGUAUCCUGCAAAGUUUGAAUGGGUGACUGGAUUGCUAAUUAAGGCUAUAGAGAAUGGAGAGUGGAUUGUUCUAGAGAAUGCAAAUCUUUGCAACCCUACGGUUCUUGAUAGAAUCAACUCUCUGGUUGAGCAAUCCGGAUCGAUAACAGUUAAUGAAUGUGGUACCAUAGAAGGAAAACCAAUGGUUCUUCAUCCUCACCCUCAAUUUCGGAUGUUCCUCACUGUAAACCCUACAUAUGGUGAAGUAUCAAGAGCAAUGCGAAAUAGAGGUGUUGAAAUUUACAUGAUGCAGCCUUAUGGUGAGAAUGAGCUCAUAGAUGUGAAGAGAUUUCUAGCCCUUUCAGACAUACCUGGUGAACAUUUAGUCAAUGCAAUGGCUAAAGCACAUCUUUCUGCUAAAAGAGACGGGUUGAAACAUAAUGUUAGCAUUUCAAACCUUGAGCUUAUGCGGUGGAUACAGUUAUUUCAACGGCUUGUUACAAAUGGAAAUCAGGCAAUGUGGAGUUUGAAAAUUAGCUUUGAGCAUACUUAUCUUUCUUCUUUGGGAGAAAUUGAAGGGAAAGAUAUUAUUAAUGAAGCAAUUGGUUCUUACUUGUCAACACCCGAACUUCACAAUUGCAGUUCUCUAUGCUUACCUGGCGGGUGGCCCACAACCUUGAAUGUAUGUGAUUUUGUAUGGUACUCAAGAGAAACAUCUGUAAAACAAAAUUGUAUGUAUCUGGAGUAUCUUGGUGCUCAAAUGGCCUCACAUUCAUUUCGGGCUUCUUUGGGUCGAAUGGAUAAUGUUCAAUGUCCAAGUGAUUCCAUGAGGGGAUACUUGGUGGAUUUAGAGACAUUGCAUGCCAUGACAUUUCCAAAAGCUGAUGUGGCAGGGUUGGACAAAGUUAACCAAACAAGAUUCGAUUUUGCAUUCACGAACAAAAGGCUUUUGUUUGCAGCAAACUGGACCAUGGAACAGGCUACUGAAAGUGACCUUAAGUUGUAUCUUCUAUGGUUCGGGUGGUUAGGUGAUCAUUUAAACAGACAUUGUUCAUUCUUUUCUUCUUUCCGGAAACUUCUGGAAAAAGAAUUGGAUCAUUCUAUUUGGAACUACAUUAGAACAUCUCAUGGAUCACAAUCAUCACCAAUGCUUUCACUGGAUUUUGGAACAUCAACUCCAUCAGAAUCAGAGUCUAUUAGCCGAAAUCUUUCUAAUGCAGUGAAGUGUGUUGGGUUGUUGAGGGUUAGUUAUCAACAGUGGCAUAAUGAGAGUGAGUUUAAGUAUAGUGAACAAACUCGGUGUUUCAUUCCUGUCUUGCAAUCUUUAAAAAGGCUUGAAGAAAGAAUCCUUGAUAUGCUUGUUGAGUCUCCUUUCUUUGAUGUGCUUUUUGUACUUUAUAAAGAGCUCAUUAAUGAUCACUUAUCUGCUUGGAAUGGGUUAGUUUCGUCUCAGUAUGAUUGCAUGUUAAUUUCAUGGAGGUCUUUGGUGAAAGAUGCUAAAAAGCUGAAGGAGUUUUGUGCAAACGAAGUGGAAAAUUUUCAGAAUGAAAUGAAGAAUUUGGAAAGAGUUCUUUCUUGGGCUUUGAGCUCACAGAGGUCAUUACUGUGGGCAUAUGGUGGUCAUCCGUCUUCACCUUCAUCUGUUGAGAUAUAUAGAAAGCAACAGCAGCUUGUCAAUCUUUGUCAUUCAAUUUGGACAAAAAACAUCAACUUGCAGGAAUUAGACCAUAAAGGCUAUAUUGAGGCUGCUGUUGCUACCAAUCCUGAACUACGCUUUCUUGCCAUGCAAGGUGUUUGCAUGUCUGCAUUUAUCAUGAGCAAAGUAGAUGAAGACGACCAUGAUGUUUUAACUCAGUUGGAGGAGAUGUAUCAGGUGCUUUCGAGUAAGUUCCAUUACGAAAAGGACAAGAUGGAAAGAAAUGCUGGGACCAAUGACAUAGCUUCUCUUUUUGGUGCUCUAUCUAGUUGUUGCACAAUGAACCCUGACAUGUUAUGCCUACCUUCUGGUUUCAACUGUUGGCUUGAUACUCUGCCUUUAAAUGACAACAAUAGUUUUGGUCUUGAUAUGAGGCUUCUUCAAGAGCUUUCCAAUAUCAUCACUCUUGAUGGGAAGGAACUGGAAUCCGGUUUGUCACGUUUACGUUGGCUUCUAGAAUCUACCUUGAAGUUUUCACUAAACUCUUCUUCAAGGCCUCCAACCGAUUUCUCUCCUUAUCAAAAAAUCUCAUGGGUUCUUGAAGCUUGGACCUCUGUCAAUAAUGCACAUGCAAGCAUUUCUAGUACUGUUCUUGAAAUGUGGUUUAAUUGGCACACAUCUUUGUGGAAGCAUCACUCGAAUCGUGAGAAGAAAAAUUCAAGCCAACAUGGGAAUGCAGAUCUGGUACCUGAUAUGCUUUUUGAGCCUGUGGCAACACUGGCUCUAGACAAGAUUCUGGGGAAUCCAAUUGGCAUCAAGGGUCUUAAUGCACAUAGCUUGAAACUUGGAGUGGCUUCCUGUAAUCUUUGGCUAAGUUCUCCACAUGUUGCUGAUUCCCGUAGUUUCUUUCUGUCAUCUGCUAGAUCGCUCUUUCAGCAGAUAAUACUUGCUCACGAGAAGUCCUUUGAAGCUGAUAAAUAUUCUUUGAUCAAAUCUAUAUUCUUUUCAGCUCAGCAAGCAGAUGUGCGUGUGAUUAUAUCUCUUCUAGAAUCAUCAAACCACAAUGUUUUGAAGUCCUUAAUAAGUCCAUUUAUCAAGCCAUUGCUUCAUGCGCUAUAUGUCAAGAAUUCCACAGAUUCCUUGUUUGAUCUUGGGUGUGCUUGGCUACGUAUUGGGGGCUUACGUUAUCAUCUUCUACUAUGCUGUGAUGAUGUGGAUCCAGCUGUCAAGAAAAAUUUGAAAUAUUUUCAACUGACAGAGAGGAUUGCAUCACUUGAACUUGAUAUAGAAGUGCGUAAGGAGUGUGUCCAGCUGGCAGGAUGUUUCUCUUUAAGCGAGGCUGACAAGGACAAAACAGAAUUACUAAACGAUCUUAAAGCUGAAAGAACCAGACUCCAAAAACAGGUUGUAUUUCGAUCUGAUCCUAGGAAAUUUAAGAAGCUGAGAUCCGAAUGUGAUGAAUUUAUGAAAUUGGUUGCAACACCAUUUGAUCUUUUAAAGAACAUUGGGAAUUUGAGUAUGCAACGGGUUGCUGACCAAGUGCAUAAUUGGCAGGAAACUGCAACACGUUUUGUGGAUCGAUUAUCCAAUGAAUACUCGGAGUAUGUUGAUAUUGUUCAACCUGUUCAGAUUGCAAUAUAUGAGAUGAAAUUAGGCUUGUCAUUGGUUCUUUCAAACAGCCUACGUGAUCAGUUUUUGGAUAGAGUUGGCCAAAAAGAUAUUGAUGUUGUUUUGGGGGUGAUUUAUUCGUUUAUGAGGUUCCCUAGGGGCAUAUCGGGAAAAGUUGAUUCUUGUGUAGACAACAACAGUUUCCAUGCCAAACUUUCAUCCUUUGAUAAAGCCUUCCCUACUUACAUUGGGGAAGCUGACGUGGCCAUGGUGGAAACCUUGGUUACUUCUGCUAAAGACAAUAAUAGUGAUGAAGUGGCAUCUGCUUUGAAACUAAAAGCUUCAAUUCAUCAAAAUAUUCUUCAUCGCGUGGUGCAUUAUGUUGCCCAAGCCCAUUUUCUUGAUGAUGUAUCUUUUAAGCUCAUGGAUAGGAUGUUUGAUGAGUUUGCAAAUCUCUGGAUGAAAAUGAAGAUUCAAGUUAGAACCAAAGAAGAGCUUGAUUCAAAACAGUACAUAUUCAGACCUCGUGCUUUUGACAUUAAAAAUGUCAUUGAAAUGGACGUAUCUACCCUCGAAAGUUCGAUUGCCAAUGAAGCUUUCUCGGAGUGGCAGGAGUUGGCUUCAGAGGAAGCACCUGUUGAAAUUGAAAAGAAAAAUACUGAUGAAGAGGAUGAAAUGUUAGAGAAAGACUGGAGUCUACUGCUGGAAUCCGCAUUGAAUGACAUGAUCAACGUCUAUACUACAGUAUUUGGCUCGGCAGAUCUCCUUCAACCUGCUGGAUUAUUUCAAGUAGCUGAUUCUGAUAGGCUAGGCUCUUUCUCGGACUCGUAUGCCAUGGGUACAAGAGUAAUUAAAGAUAUGGAGGGCUUAUUAUGUUGGAAUUUGGACUCCAAGCUUAUUCCAGAACAUGUACUACGCCUUUCCUUGGAGCAUGAUCGGAAAUCAAUGUCAUCUCAUCUACCGAAAAAUUCUUACAAUUUCUACAAGGAUUCAAAUGCUUCCAUGUUGGCCAAGAUGGUGGAUCCAGUUAUGAAUCUUCAAAAUCGGAUUCGUCACCUUCUAAGCGAAUGGGAUGAUCAUCCUGCUCUUCAGAAAAUUGUGGAUGUGAUUGAUAUGAUCUUGUCUAUACCUAUGAACACCCCUCUUGCUAAGGCUUUGUCAGCCUUGCAGUUCUUACUUAACAGGGUCCGGAACCUUCAAGAAACUGUUUCAAAGUUUCCCCUUUCUGAUCAGUUAGAUCCGAUUAUUGGUCUUGUGUCCUCAUGGCAAAAAUUGGAGUUUGAAUCAUGGCCUGCUUUACUUGAUGAAGUUCAAGCUGGAUUUGAUACUAAUGCUGCCCAGUUAUGGUUUCCACUAUACUCGGUUCUUAGGCAAAGUCAGUCUACUGAUACUGAUGACUAUAGUCAGUCCACCAUUGCGAGCUUGGACGAUUUUAUUCGGACUUCCAGCAUUGGUGAAUUCAGAAAGCGUCUUCAACUUGUCUCUGCUUUCCAUGGCCACAUCAGCACUGGCAUUAGUCAGGGAUCAAAUUUGAGUCGUGGCCAUGAGGACAAUGUGAGGAUUUUGUACAAUACAUUCGGAUUCCACAUUCAGUUCCUACCUAUUAUUCUGGAGAGGUUAGCAGAUAACAGAAAGAGCAUUCAGGUGGAGUUGAAUGAACUCAUGAAGCUGUGUAAAUGGGAACGUAAUGAGUGGUUUAUGACAAUGGAAACAUCAAAACGGACACGUGAGAAAUUUAAGAAGUUGAUUCAGAAGUAUACUGAUGUUCUAAAGCAACCUGUGGUGCUUAUACUUACACAAGAAGCUGCUCGAAGUGGAAUAAAAACAAUAGCAGUUCAUACUUCUGCUUCAUUUAGUGAUUCUUUUGAGAAAUACAAGCAAGUUCUUGAAGUUUCUUGCAAUGAAACUCAGUUUAAAAACAAAAAGAGGUUCAUAUGGCCUUCCACUUGGAGAAAUAAAGUGGAUCUUGCAUUGGGAGAUAUACGUGUUGCAAAGGGUAUUAUAAACUCUGACUACCCAUGUGUGCCAUUGGAAGAAGCUCAAGGCAAUAUAGAUAUUGUGAGCAAGUUGAUAGGUUUAGAAUCAUUGAGUGGUGUUACUAAGGAAGAGUGGAGACAAGUGAGGCACACAUUUAAAAAGAUCAGCACAAAUCUUGUUUAUUGUGGGGAACUUUGGAAGGAUGAAAAAAAGAAGAGUUUAGGAAAGAGAAGGGCUCUCUCUGAACUACUAAAGAUGUUGGAUAGUUUUGGGUUGUCUAAGCAUAGAUCUACAUCCAUGGAGGAUAAAGCAUGGUCACUCCAACCAUCAUAUGUGAUUGAACAUUUGCUACUUAAUGAAAGUAGAUUGCCCUCUGGGGACCUUGAUGUCAAAGCUUUAGAGAAGGUCCAAAAGCUUCCCAUGGAUAAUAAUAAUAAUCUGGAAACAGACUGGAAAACACCAAAUGAAUACUUCUUCAAAAGCAUAUCUUCCCUAAACCAUCUUCGACAAGUCAGCGUAAACUUUCACAAAGAUUUUACAACUGAACAGGUUGGUAGGUCUAUUUCUUACCUCGAUCAUCUUGUUGAGAUACAAAAAUCUCAUAGAGCUGCUGCCUAUGACUUCUCCAAUGGCUUGGAUCGCUUAAAGAAGCAAAGUGUUCCACUACAGAAUCUUUCCUCAAGCUCAUAUUCUCACAAUCAGGACGUCGUUUCCAAAUGCAUGUGGCGACAAAAGCAACUGUUUGAUGCUAUGUGUGAUAUGUUAAACGAUGAAUGUUUGUUGCUAAAGAGUGUUGAAAACAACCAUCUAAACAAUUGCUCAAGUGUUGGAGUGGGUGCUGGGCGAAUUCGUCUUUUCCUAGAGAAAUUUGUUCCUGAGUUCAAGAAAUCAAAGGAAUUGUUGGAUGGUUAUCUUUUUGGUGAUUGUGGUGGUGUGUUAAGCACUGAAGUUGUACUUCAUCCUCAUGGCAUCACCAAGCAAAUGGAACAGUUUGUCCAACAAAAUCUUUUGUUAGUUAAGGAUUUUAAGGAGCAAUUACGCGCUAUUCGUAAGCAGGAUUUGACUUCAGGAUUAGCUAAAUAUGUUCUUCUUGACCAUUUUGAGGAGAUCUUUGCAAAGGGUAAACUGUUAGAUGAAUACUAUAAUUCUGCUAUGGAAGCAAGGGUUCACAUUCAAGAUGUCAAUGAUGUUUCGAAAGCUGAAGCUGAGUUCACCGAGUCCCUUAGGAAAACAUGCAAACAUAUUGUUGAUGGUUUUGAUCGAGUCAACUCGGUGAAUAACAAGCUUGAUUCUACGGAAGAUUACCUGGGAAAUAUCAAUACCUGGCAAACUUUGUUUGCUUCUAGAGUAGAGAAUCUCCAGUUGAACAGCAUACAUGAUGAAUUAGUGAAAACACUCGAGUUUGCUGGACGACUUAUGGACCUCUAUGGGAAUGGAGAGACAAAUGUAUGUAUUGUUGAGGCACAACUGAAGCAUCUGUAUUCACUAUUGGACCUAAUGAUAACCUUUGGCAAUGGUCUUCUUAAGGACUUUAUGGUGGCUAACAGAACUUUGUCUAUGGUUACUCAUGCUCUUGCGGAGAUUUUUGCUUCAUUAUACUCGCAAGGUUUUGGAGGCCCCACAGAAACCCAAGAGGAAGAAAAUGGUGGUGAUGAUACAAAAGAUACUACUGGAACUGGUAUGGGUGAGGGUGCUGGGAUUAAAGAUGUCAGUGAACAGAUAGAAGAUGAAGAUCAACUACUCGGAACCGAAAAGGGUGAAGAACAAGAUGCCUCGAAUGAUGAUCCAAGUAAAAAUGAUAAAGGCAUAGAAAUGGAACAGGAUUUCACAGCUGACACAUUCAGUGUUAGUGAGGAUUCAAGUGAUGAUGAGAAUGAUGAUGAAACCGAUGAGCCACAGCUGGAUUCUGCCAUGGGAGAGACUGGAGAUGACAGUGAAGUUGUUGAUGAGAAGCUUCGUGAUAAUAAAGAUGAUGAAGAUGUUGAAAAUGAAAAGAAGAAUGAGAAAUAUGAAACUGGACCUUCUGUAAAGGACAAUGAUGAGAGUGGAAGAGAGCUUAGAGCUAAGGAAGAUGAGGAAGAUGAUGUCAACAAUGGUGAUGAGCCUGGAGAAUUAGAUCCUGAGGAAUCUAACAAAAAGAAUGACGAAAAUGACGAUCUCGUCCCUGAUGAGACUGAUGAGGUUGAAGAUAUGAAUAUAGAUAAAGACGAAGCGUUUUCUGAACCUACAGGAUUAAAACCAGAUGAAACUAAUGUCAAUUCGGAUGAAGAUAUUGACAUGGAUCAACAAGAGGGAGAUGAUGAUCAGAAUGAAGAUGGUGAAACGGAAACGGUUGAUGAGUCAGCUGAGAUCAACAACGGUGAAGAUGAAAACACGAAUUCAGUUGAAGAAAAUGCUGACAUGGAGGCUGAAGAAGAAAACCAAGAAAAGAAUGGCGACGCUGACGUGGAUGAACAAAAGAAAGAUGCCAACAGUACACCUAUCACCACUGAUUUUGGCAAUGAAAUCCAACCAAACGCAGACUCUGCCACUCAGGCAAAUGGUGGGUCAAACGGGGCAUCCAUGGGAGAUGUUGCACCAGAAGCCACAUGGUCAAACAGCAAUGAUAUGCAAAGUGACAUGGCGCCUAUACGCGGUUUACCUAAUUCUUCAGAAAACGAAGUCACUGUAGCUGAUUCUUCAAAAGGCGGGAAACUUAAUGAUGAACAUAUAAGUCAACUACCAGAGGUUGACCCUUUGUCUAGUCAAAAAAGUCAACCGAACCCGUUUCGUAACAUUGGCGAUGCACUUGAUGGGUGGAAAGAAAGGGCAAAAGUGUCAAUUGACUUGGAGGAAAAGAAGGACGAAGCCAUGGAUGAUGAAAAUGGAGAAAUAGAUGCAGACGAAUACGGGUUUACUUCCGGGUUGGAAAAAGGAUCCGCUCAAGCUCUGGGACCCGCAACCGCAGACCAAAUCGAUAAAAACAUGGAUGGAAAAGAACCCAAUGAUGGAAAAAACACUGAUGGCGAGGUUACAGACAAGAAAGAUGAUUCUGAAAUGGAGAUUGAUGAAGAACAGCAUGUUGAAGCUCGACCCAUCAAGAAUCAUUUAAGCAUUGGGAAUAAUUUAAAUGAGAAAACACAAGUUGAAGAAACCGAGAUUCCAGAAGAAACCCUAGAAGUUGAUAGCAAUGGCGAACAUGAUGAAAGUAGGGAAACAGAGAGUUCCGUGGUUAUGAAAAGAUCUUAUAUGACUGAAGGCAUAAAUCAAUUAAGUAAACUUUCUGUUGGAGAUGAUGAUAUGGGAAUCGCACAUGACCUUAAAGAUGUUUCUCAUGAUAUGAAAGAUUCUGCUACUGCUUUAUGGAGAAAAUAUGAACUGCAGACAACAAGAUUGUCACAGGAGUUGGCUGAACAGUUGCGUUUGGUCAUGGAACCAACUCUUGCUAGCAAGCUUCAAGGGGAUUAUAAAACCGGAAAACGAAUCAACAUGAAAAAGGUGAUUCCAUACAUUGCGAGUCAUUAUAGGAAAGAUAAAAUAUGGUUGAGGCGAACACGACCUAACAAACGAAACUAUCAAGUCAUGAUUGCUGUGGAUGAUUCUCGCAGCAUGUCAGAGAACAACUGUGGGAAUGUUGCUAUUGAAGCUUUGGUCACUGUUUGUCGUGCAAUGUCUCAAUUGGAAGUUGGGAAUUUAGCAGUUGCAAGUUUUGGGAAAAAGGGAAAUAUUCAAUUGUUACACGACUUUGAUCACCCCUUCACUGGUGAAUCUGGAGUCAAGAUGCUUUCGAGUCUGACAUUCAAGCAAGAGAACACGAUAGAGGAUGAACCCAUGGCUGAUUUACUGAAAUACAUAAACAACACGUUGGAUUCUGCUGUAAUGAAUGCAAGAUUACCAUCUGGACAAAAUCCAUUAGAGCAGCUUGUUUUGAUCAUAGCUGAUGGCCUUUUCCAUGAGAAGGAGAAGCUCAAGCGUUGUGUUAGAGAUCUUUUGAGCAAAAAACGAAUGGUUGCUUUUCUCAUUUUGGAUAACAACCCAGCCGAAUCAAUAACACAAGUUCUGGAAGCUACAUUUGAAGAUGGGAAGUUGGAGACUGGUAAAUAUAUGGAUUCUUUCCCGUUCCCAUACUUUGUCAUCUUGAAGGAUAUCCAAACACUUCCAAGAACUCUUGCUGAUUUGUUAAGACAAUGGUUUGAGCUUAUGCAACAUUCAGGAGCUUAAUGUCUUUUGUUUGGUGGGCCCUUGCACGGAAAAACUACAAGUUUGUUUAUAGCAUGUGAAACUUAGAGAAAGAAAUGUAGGUGUGGUUUUUGAAAAUGGUGAGGGAAGGAAAACAUGCAGAAUUUAUGUCUUUUAGAAGAAGAUAAUUUGUUGUGUGUUCUAGCUUUUCCUCAUCUGAAAUUUUGUAUUCGUCUUACAUAUAUAUGAAAAAUACUGCAAGAGCUCCAUUCUUUCA